AUGCUGACACAGUUCUUGCUUAAAGACUUGCGUGAGCAGCUUCUCGCCGCGGGGGCUUCUGCCUCUGGUCCCUCCCCGUACCCCCCCUCAAACGCUGCGCAGGGCUCACAGGACAAUCCAUAUCACGGAUCGGAUUCUGCGAGCCCGCAUGAACAGUACGACCAAGGUUCUGGAAACCAGCAAGCUUUCGGUAUGAGCGGCGACAGUGCAGGCGAUGAGGGUCUUAGUCCUGACGCGCGCAACAAAGGCAAGCGUGAGCUAUCAACCAGCAAACGAGCUGCUCAGAACAGAGCGGCGCAGCGUGCCUUCCGGCAACGCAAGGAGGGCUACAUCAAGAAGCUCGAGGAGCAGGUCAAGGAGUUCCAGACGAUGGAGCAAAACUUCCGCGGCCUGCAGAACGAGAACUACCAACUUCGCGAGUACAUCCUCAACCUGCAAUCCCGGCUCCUGGAGAACAAGACUGAGCCGCCUCCGGCACCAUCUCACCUUGGUCUCCAGCCUGGCUCGCAGCCUCCGCCUAGCGGCUCUACCGACUCUUCUUCCAAUGUAGAGCAACAGCUUCGCAUGGAGAUGCGGAACGAAGGCUCCCACGACGCGAUGAGGCACCUGCAAGCCGCUGCAGCGCAGGCAAGCGAAGCUCGGCCGGAAUCCUCUCCAUAUGGCUUGGGUCGACGUAGCGACGACGCUGCAGAUGCAAAGCCAGUGUCGUAG